CUCGCCUUAAGUCACGUGACUCGCAGCUGAGCCAAACAUAAACAAAGUGACUGACAAAAAAAAAAAAAACGUCAAAGUGAAUAAAAAAAUAAAAACAAAACAAAUAACAGUGUAGAAAAAAUAAAACUACUAAAUAUACAAAAUUUCUAAUGACGAGCAACGGAUUUAUAGCCGUCCACGUCGGUGCGGGCCACCAUUCGGAUUCCUUAAAAAAAAAGUACCAGAAAUUGUGCCGUGACGCUUGCAAAACCGGAAUAGAGAACCUGAAGCUUGGUGGACGGUCCCUGGACGCCGUCGUCGAGGCGACGACUGUCCUAGAGGACUCCUCGCUGACAAAUGCCGGGUUCGGAUCAAACUUAACCCUGAAGGGGGACGUGGAGUGCGACGCGAGUGUGAUGGACGGGAACAAGCUCUCCUUCGGAGCCGUGGGAGCGGUCAGCGGGAUCAAGAACCCGGUUUCCCUGGCGAAGCGGCUCUGCGAGCACCAGAGCAGUAAAAUUAGCUAUGGAAGAGUUCCUCCUAGUGUUCUUGUUGGUCCUGGGGCUCAAGUCUGGGCCUCGGAGAUGGGAAUUGCGACGCUUCCUGCUGAAGAGCUGAUUUCUUCAAAGGCCAGGAAGAUUUAUCAUCAUUACAAGCGGAAACUUGAUGACCAGGUCUCAGAGGUUUCAGCAUCAAAAAUUUCCAAGCGUCGAAUGGACACCGUAGGAGCAGUAUGUGUCGACGCUUACGGAAACGUCGCAGCAGCUUGUUCCAGCGGAGGGAUAAUCCUGAAGUAUCCUGGGCGGGUAGGCCAGGCAGGAAUUUGGGGCUGUGGAGUCUGGGCCCAUAACGGAGCCUGUUCGGUGGCCUCCAGCACCAGCGGGUGCGGAGAGCACUUAAUAAGAACGACUUUAGCCAGGACGAUUGCGGAAGCCGUCACCGGGUCGACGGACCACGUCCCCAGGUUACACGAGACCAUGAAGAGCGAGUUCCUGGAGUCUGAAUUUCUCGACGGGCUGGACUCUAAGCUAGGGGGAGGACUAGCUCUCAGGUACUCCGCUGGAGAGGCUACUGGUGACCUUUUUUGGACACACUCUACCAACUCGAUGAUUCUUGGGUACAUGGGCUCUGGUGAUUCUGUUGCUAAGAGCUACGUCAGCAACCUGGACGAUGAACUUGUUGGUAAGAAGGUUGUUGUCGAGGGUAUCUGCUUUAGGUUGCCUUUAUUGAAUGAAGAGAAGGAGGGCGAUAAUAAGGGCAGGCUGCUCUUGGUCAAAUUGGGCAGCAAUUUUAGUAGUGGAGAGGCUGUUGAUGAAUCCAAGGAGAAACUGUCCAGGUAGAGAA